UAAAUGUGUAAAAGUUAAGGUCACCAUUUUUACGUCGUUUCAUGGUUGAAUGAAGAUAUAGGACUUUAAAUCGGAUAGCUACCUUUAAAUGGAAAUCUAUUUCAAUUUCAAUUCCACGAAACGAGUAUUUGUUCAUUCAUAUUUAAUCGUAAACAAAACACUAGCUUUACCUUCUUGUUAGGUAGUGCAUAAAAUCUAUAUAUUUAACCUGGAUCUAUAUUGUCAUAAUAUGUGUUUAAGUGACAGCGUUAUAUCUAGUAUCCUGUGUUAUAAACUAUGUUAAUCAAAUAAAAAAGGUUUAAUAUUGUGUGGAGUAAAAUGACUUGCAAAUAUGCAUAAAAAUUAUAUAAUAACAUUGCUUUAUGCCCGGCUAAAUGUGCAAAUUUUUGGCGUAUGAUACAUUAUAUCUUUAACAGCUGGAGAAACGGAUCAUAUUUUACGCAAAUAGUUUAUAAUUAGGUUAUAUAUAUCACUGAAUACGUUGAAUGCAAAGUAUUUGUUGAGGAUGCAAUUUACAUACUAAGGAGUGUUUAUUAUCUGUUUAUAUUCUUAAAAAUGAGCCAAGAAAACAAAAGGCCGUGUAAGUUAGAGCUUGAUGAACAGUCAGCCGAGGCAAGUUACGAGGAUCCUGUCGUGUCUUUGCAGCUAAAAUUUGCAAAUAUGUCACCAGAUGAUUAUGUCUUCUGUCGUAAUCAUUUAAAAUGUUCGUCAAUCACGAAAUGUAAUACAAAAGAUCAAGGCUCACAGUCUGACGUACACCUACAUACACCUGCACGCGCUUCUACGAACACGCAGACGGACUUUGCCGUUGAUACAACUGGCAAAUUACCAAAAGUGUCGGAAGAAGAACAAGAAGAGGCAGAAGAUACAAACUAUUCGAGAGAUGAAAUAAUUGAAAAGAACCUGAGAAAGCAUUUGAUCUACAUCAGCCAUUGUAUAAAACCAGAUGUUCUCAUCCAAUACUUGCAAUGUUAUACCCCAGACCAAAAAUCAGACAUUUUGGCGGAAAAAAGUCCCAUCAGAGCAUCUAGAAAAGCUUUAGAUAUGUUAUUAGACAGUGUAGAGGAUCCAGGGAGAUUUGCAGCAUUAAGGGAUGCUUUGGAACAAAAUGGAGGCUACCCUAAAAUUGUGAGAAUCCUCGAUGGCGAAUAUGACCCUGAGGACAGGAACUUUGUACGAAUUGUCGAACUCUUUGCCCCAGAACUUAUAGGUUUAAUAAGACCAUCAGAGCUUUUGCCUCAUCUUUUAAGCAAAGGAGUGUUCACGCAAGAGGAUGUACAAGAGAUAACAUCUGAAGAGAACAAUCAUGGUGCACUUAGAGCUGCUUGCAUUUUGUUAAUGUAUCUUCCACGACGCGUAAUGGACUGGUACAGGUCUUUCCUAAAUAUUUUGAUUGACUGUAAACUAGAAGAUACUGCCAAAAUGCUUGAUCCGGACUUUUAUAUCGCAAUCACGCAAGAGCGAGAAAGAGCACAACAUCAUGGUAUUGGUUCAAUCAAACACUCAAGUAACGCCCAAAAACAAAAACCCAAAAUUAAACCAAAGCCAAAGUUUAUUCCCUCUAGAGACAAAGACGAUGACAGUGAAGAUGAAAUAGAAUAUACAGAGUUUAAUGAGGAGGAAUUAGAGUAUGUCCUUGGUAAUCAGAAAGAAAGAGAGAAACUUGAAGAAACAAUGAUCUAUAUUGACGCAAAGAUACUUUGGCCGGAGAGAAAACAAGGUGAAAAACAACGUAUUUUAUUAAGAUCCUUGUCGAAAGAAGAAUAUAGAGACGCUUGCAUAUGGUCACGAAAACGAAAAAUGUGGAAACGAAACGCUCUGAAAAUAUUUCAAGACCUUUUCGGUCAGGUUAAAGUUUCACGAAAUAGAUGUGCAAAACCAAACCUGAGUAAGAUCAUGAGCCGGAAAGAUAACAGUUCACCCAGUCAUAAAGAUUGCUUAUAUGGUCGAAGAUUUAAAAAAGUGUACACGCCAACACGUUCAUUUUGUCCAAAUGAAAACCAAGAUGAAGAUACGGGGGCAAGAAGUUCAAAAGAAAGCUGUCAAAAACAAGAGGAAGAUAAAGAAACUGAAUCAGAACCGGAAAUAGUCAACUCAAAAGAUACUGAAAAGAUAGCAGAGUGUUUAAUGGCUUGUGGCAGGCGAAUUUUUAUCAUGAAAGGGUCACUAGUUGACAUUGAGGCAGAGGCUGUUGUCAACACCACGAACAAAUGCCUUUCUUUCGAAACCGGAAUAUCAAAAACAAUUAGGGAUAAGGGUGGAUCUAGCAUUCAAGCAGCGUGUCACCAGUUUCUGCAAACACAGCGCAGUAUUGACGAAGGUGAUACGUUUGUAAGUGAGGCCGGAGAUUUACAAGCAAAGUACGUUAUUCACGUGAAUAGUCCUGUGUGCGACAAAAGGGAUUCCGAGGAGGAAACACUACUGAAGAAAACGGUCGGGCGUGUGCUAAUGGAGGCGUCAAGGAAACAAGCUCGCACCAUUGCAAUACCAGCAAUAGGAUGUGGAUAUUCUGGAUGGCCUGCUAAGACAGCGGCUCCUCUGAUUGUUGGAGCUGUGAGGAACUUUUUCCGCGAGGAGCAAUACAGCAGUGUAAGACAUGUGUAUCUUGUAGACCUUUUCUCUCAAACAACAAAACAAUUUCACCAGGCAUUGUGUGACACCUUCAAAGAUGACGAUAAAUGUGUGAUUGAGUCAUCCGCUUCAUGAAUGUGAUUAUAAUGUGAUUGUAAUUGAGGUGUUGGUGGACAAUUGUGAUAUGCGCAAAUAAAUUAAUCUCUGUGUAAUGAAAGAAACACAGAUUGAUGCGUCCACUUUGGAAUUCCAUAGCAGAUAUUGUUAGAAAUGGAGAAAACGGUGUUGAAAAUUUAGUAACGCUCAAGCCGGUGCUAGGGAACGUAAGGGAUGUUGCACUUUUACUUUAUCCCUCAUGUACAGACUCAAUCAAUUUUCAUGUAAUUUUGUUGUGAUUAAUGCUUGCGAGGGAUCACACUUUUCCAGAUUUUUAUGUGAACUUUGACUGCAGUGUAUUUAUCCUAUUAAAUAACAGUAUGACUACACUAUUAUGAUAGUAAAACUUUCAUCAAAUAACAAUAAGACUAUUUUAAGGCAAUUGUAGGUUUAUUGUUUAAAUAUCCGAAGUGUAAACCCUAGUUACAAAAUCGGAAGAAGCACGCGUUUUUUUUCAUAUACAGACAUUUCAUUUGUUUCGUCUAGUCGAGCCCAAUACCGAUUAUGCUGCAUCUACAAUCAUGGCAUAGUCAGUGUUUCGGCGAACCCAUCCAUUUGAAUGAGAUAUUGGACGAAAGCUUUGGAACUGCCCUGUACAGAAAUAGUACGUGAAAUACAAAGCGUACUUUAAUUUUAUGUCAUUUGAGCUUUCGAUUCUUGUGAAAUCAAUUAUUAAAAUGGUUUAUAUGAAAGCGUUGUCAGUAAAGCGCCUGGAAAUUCAGCUACCAUAGUAAAUUUUAGAAACGUUAAAAGCACAUUACGCUUCUGUUAAUAUGAAUAUCAUUUCCGCUCUAAAGAAAUGGCAAACCUUUUAAAAUAAGUAUAUGCACUUAGGGCAUGAAAAUAUAUUUUGUCUUUUGUACACAAUGCUUAUAAUUAUAUAUUCACUUAUGGUCAAAUUGACCAAAAAGCAAAAGAUUGUUUAGCCAUAUGGUAAGUACAUUACCAUGUUUAAAGUUAAACUUAGAUAAAUUCCAUCUAUCCAUUACUCUAAGUGAGAAUAAUUCUUUGUAUCAAAGAAAGCAUAUUCUUACAAAUCUUGGAAAACUUAGGCACGCACGGUAAACACAGACUACUACAGUGUAGUAAGUUUAUUUUUAUUUGAUUGUUUUGUCAUUAUCUAACAUUUUAUUUUAUCAUGCAUAUUUCUAAUCUGAAAAAUAAAAUAAAAUCAAUUUUAAAAGUU